UCCCUGUCGAUCUCGUUAAAAACCUUCAUUUUCUCUGAUUUUUCUUCGCUUUCCUGGAAAAAAAAGAAAACUAUAUUAAAAUGAGAUACACGAAAAAAUACUUCGCUACUCCUCCAUUUUCUCGUCGACCAAACACUCCUGAGAUGGCCUAAACAAAGACCCAACUCACACCCACACAAAUUCUUAAAUUAGCUACAUACUAAUUAAAUUCUGUGAAGAAGAGCAGAGAAGGAAGGGGCAGGGGAAGGGGUGGGAGGGGACCAUGGGUGCGUCGCUAUCGAACCUGACGGAGGGAGCCAACGGGGCGGCCAUGGGUCCGGGACUCGGAGAUAUACCGGAAAGCUGUGUGGCGUGCGUGUUUACUUACUUGACGCCACCGGAGAUUUGUAAUCUUGCUCGAUUGAACACCGCGUUUAGAGGUGCCGCAUCCUCUGAUUCAGUUUGGGAGAAGAAGUUGCCGCCUAAUUAUCAAGAUCUGCUCGAUUUGCUUCCUCCCGAACGGUACCAGAACUUAUCCAAGAAGGACAUCUUUGCUCUUCUCUCGCGGCCCAUUCCCUUUGACGAUGGCAAUAAGGAGGUAUGGUUGGAUAGAGUAACGGGAAGGGUAUGUAUGUCGAUAUCGGCCAAAGGGAUGGCGAUAACGGGGAUUGAGGACCGAAGAUAUUGGAAUUGGGUUCCCACUGAAGAAUCUAGAUUCAAUGUUGUGGCCUAUUUGCAGCAAAUAUGGUGGUUUGAAGUAGAUGGAGUUGUAAAGUUUCCUUUUCCAGCUGAUAUCUAUACUCUAUCCUUCAGGCUUCACCUUGGAAGAUUUGCCAAAAGGUUGGGACGACGUGUGUGCAGUUUUGAGCACACUCAUGGUUGGGGUAUAAAGCCAGUACGUUUUGAGUUGUCUACUUCUAAUGGUCAGCAAGCAUCAUCUGAAAGUUGUUUAGAUGAGGCUGAACAAGAAGCAAAUGGCAACCAUAAACGUGGAUUGUGGUUAGAGUACAAGGUAGGUGAAUUUGUUGUCACUGACUCAGAACCUUUCACCGAGGUCCAAUUUUCCAUGAAACAGAUUGAUUGCACACAUUCCAAAGGUGGGCUUUGUGUAGAUUCAGUUUUUAUUAUCCCCAGUGAUCUCAAGCAGCGUAAAAGAAGAGAGGUUUUGAAGUAGCCUGAACACAAACGCCAUGUUCUUUAGUAUUGUCAAUGAUCCCAGAAGUUUCCAGUUGGGUUUUCAUUAUACAGCUUGUACUUUUGUAGGUAUUUCAUGUUUUAGAGGAUGUCAUCAUACCUUUCCUUUUUUUCUUUUUUUUUUUGAAGUAGGUGUAUGUCCUCAAUGGUAAUGUAAUCUUGCUGCUGUAUUUGAUCCA